CUGGCGGGGGAGGCGGGGCCUGACUAGACUGCGGUCCUGCUGUGUUGUCAUUCGGCGACGGCUAGAGGACACAGUCAAGAUGGCGGCAGUGUCUGGCCUGAUGCGGAGACCCCUUGAACAGGUCUCCGGGCUGCUGAGGAGGCGCUUCCACCGGACGGCGCCGGCGGCGCUGCAGGUGACAGUUCGUGAUGCUAUAAACCAAGGUAUGGAUGAGGAGCUGGAAAGAGAUGAGAAGGUAUUUCUGCUUGGGGAAGAAGUUGCCCAGUAUGAUGGGGCAUAUAAGGUUAGUCGAGGCCUGUGGAAGAAGUAUGGAGAUAAGAGGAUCAUAGACACUCCCAUAUCUGAAAUGGGCUUUGCUGGAAUUGCCGUGGGUGCAGCUAUGGCUGGGUUGAGGCCCAUUUGUGAAUUUAUGACCUUCAAUUUCUCUAUGCAAGCCAUUGACCAGGUUAUAAACUCAGCUGCCAAGACCUACUACAUGUCGGGGGGCCUUCAGCCUGUGCCCAUAGUCUUCAGGGGGCCCAAUGGCGCCUCAGCAGGAGUGGCUGCCCAGCACUCACAGUGCUUUGCUGCCUGGUAUGGGCACUGCCCAGGCCUAAAGGUGGUCAGCCCCUGGAAUUCAGAGGAUGCAAAAGGACUUAUUAAAUCAGCCAUUCGGGAUAAUAAUCCAGUGGUGGUGCUAGAGAAUGAACUGAUGUAUGGAGUUCCUUUUGAAUUACCCUCAGAAGCUCAGUCAAAAGAUUUUCUGAUUCCCAUUGGAAAAGCCAAAAUAGAAAGGCAAGGGACACACAUAACCGUAGUUGCCCAUUCAAGACCUGUGGGCCACUGCUUAGAAGCUGCAACAGUGCUAUCCAAAGAGGGAAUUGAAUGUGAGGUGAUAAAUAUGCGAACCAUCAGACCAAUGGACAUUGAAACAAUAGAAGCCAGUGUCAUGAAGACCAAUCAUCUUGUAACUGUGGAAGGAGGCUGGCCACAGUUUGGAGUAGGAGCUGAAGUUUGUGCCAGGAUCAUGGAAGGCCCUGCAUUCAAUUUCCUGGAUGCUCCUGCAGUUCGUGUCACUGGUGCUGACGUCCCCAUGCCUUAUGCAAAGAUUCUAGAAGACAACUCUAUACCUCAGGUUAAAGACAUCAUAUUUGCAAUAAAGAAAACAUUAAAUAUUUAGUUUGGACUUGAAUUUCAAGUCGUUGGGAUUUACUUAAAAUACUUGCUGUCUACUUCACCUGGAUUGUACUGUAAGACCUUAUGAUUCAUAAAGUUAUCUCUAAAGCAACAACACGUAUGUUUUUGUACUUGGAAGAAUUUAAAUGUGCUUGUAUGUGGAAAAAACUCCUCUCCUGCCCUAGACUCCAUGGGGUUUUUGUCUGGUCUGUUACAAUCACCACAUUCUUUGAAUAAGGCUAAUGUAAAAUUUUAACCUCUCAUAAGGACAAGGUAUGAAUGUGGCAGAGUUUUGCAGAAAGAUGUAUCCAAAAAGGACAACCUGUAUGUAAAGGUAAAAGCUAUCAUCUACAUUUACUGUUAAAUUGUUUUGAUAAGGAAUAAAAGAAUUCCUAAUAUGACUAAUU